AUGCGGUUUCUCUCCUCCCUUUCCUGCAUUGCCACGGUAAUAUCAUUCUUUGGAGACGUGCAAGCUCGAUCGCAAUCACCGAGCGCCAUCCAGCACAUCUCGACGCUGGACCACCCUACGAUCAAGACCCCCUCGCAGCGCGUCGACCAUCUGGCCCACUUCGACUUCACCUUUAACCUCCACGACAACAGUCAACGCAUCAAGCUCGAGCUCGAGCCCAACCAUGACAUCCUCGCGGACGAUGCCUACGUGCAGUACCUCGAUGCGGACGGCAACGUUCGCCGGGAGGAGGCCAUUGCGCGCCACGACCACAAGGUCUUCAAGGGCAGGACCCUGGUCGGCCGGGGCAAGGGCAUGUGGGAUCCCGCGGGCUGGGCGAGGAUAUACCUGAAGCACGACGGCCCGCAGCCGCUGUUCGAGGGCGUCUUCAGCGUUCAUGGCGACAACCACCAUGUCGAGCUCAAAUCCACCUAUCUGCAGAAGAAGCGCGAGAAGGAUAUUGACGUUCCCAAUACCAAGGGGGACUAUAUGAUCUUCUACCGGGACUCAGACAUGGUGCGGGUGCACACGGAGCUGAAGCGCUCGUCGCUCGGGUCCACCUCGUGCCAGGCCGACAAGCUUGGCUUCAACGCAGACCCAAACCACCCCGUCCUGCAGUCCUUCGGGCAGGAGGACAGGAGCACAUGGGGCGCGAUGUCUUUGAACUCCUUGUUUGGCCUCAGUAAACGGCAAUCGGAUAUCGGCAGCGUCUCCGGGAAUGCUGGCGGCGUCAAUCUGCAGUCCACAAUUGGCGAUACAUCGGGCUGUCCGAGCACCAAGCAGGUGGCCCUGAUUGGCGUGGCCACGGACUGCUCGUUUACCGGCUCAUUUGACGACGAGAGCGCCGCGAAGCAGUGGGUGAUCAGCACCGUCAACAGCGCGUCCAAUGUCUACGAGAAGUCUUUCAACAUCACCAUCGGCCUGCGGAACCUGACCAUCACGGACAGCUCGUGUCCGGACAACCCCCCCGCGGCGACCGCGUGGAACAUCCCCUGCUCCAGCGGGAACCUCACGUCCCGUCUGGACCUCUUCUCCAAGUGGCGUGGGGACCAGAAGGACGACAACGCGUACUGGACCCUGAUGAGCGACUGCGCCACCGGCAGCGAGGUCGGACUGUCCUGGCUGGGCCAGCUCUGCAACGCCGACGUCUCCUCGGACGGCUCCAGCGCGGUCAGCGGGACCAACGUCGUCGUGCGGUCCUCGGGGGCGAGCUGGCAGAUCUUCGCCCACGAAUCGGGCCACACCUUUGGCGCAGUCCACGACUGCGACUCGCAGACCUGCUCCGAGGAUCUCGAGGCCUCCUCCCAGUGCUGUCCCCUCACCUCCUCCACGUGUGACGCAGACGGCAAGUACAUCAUGAACCCGACGACCGGGACGGACAUCACCCAGUUCUCGGCGUGCACGAUCGGCAACAUCUGCUCGGCGCUGGGCGGCAACAGCGUCAAAUCCAGCUGUCUCUCGGCCAACCGCGACGUGACCACCUACACGGGCAGCCAGUGCGGCAACGGCAUCGUCGAGUCUGGCGAGGACUGCGACUGCGGCGGGGAGGAAUCCUGCGGUGACAACCAGUGCUGCGACGCCACGACGUGCAAGUUCAAAUCCGGCGCCGUGUGCGACGACUCCAACGACAGCUGCUGCUCCAGCUGCCAGUACGCCUCCUCCGGCACCGUCUGUCGGGCCAGCCGGGGCCAAUGCGAUCUCGCCGAGACCUGCAGCGGCAACUCCAGCACCUGCCCCGCCGACUCCUUCAAGAAAGACGGCACCAGCUGCGGGACCAGCGGCUCGGGGCUCGCCUGCGCCAGCGGCCAAUGCACCAGCCGCGACUAUCAGUGUCGCAGCGUCAUGGGCAGCCUGCUGCACAACAAUGAUACCUACGCCUGCGACGCCUUCAGCUCGUCCUGCGAGCUGAUCUGCACCUCCCCCAAGCUCGGGCAAUGCCUCAGCGUCAACCAGAACUUCCUCGACGGCACGCCGUGCGGCGACGGCGGCACCUGCAACAACGGCGACUGCAAGGGCCAGAACGUCCGCUCCUGGAUCAACAACCACAAGGGCAUCGUCAUCGGCGUGGCCUGCGCCGUGGGGGGGCUUAUCCUGCUGGCCAUCCUCUCGUGCCUCGUCAACCGCUGCCGGCGACCCCGACAGACGAAACAGCCCUCGCCGCCGCCCCGUCCGCCCUACACCGGCUGGAACGGGCCCAUGUCUUCUCCCCCGAUGCCGCCGCCGCCCAUGAACCCGAACCAGUGGUCCGCCCCGCCCCCGACGAGAGGCUACCCCGGGAUGGGCACGGAGCCUCCGCCGCCGUAUCCGGGCGCGCCCGAUGCCCCGGUCCCGCAUUACGCGCCGCAACCGCGCUACGCUUGA